AUGAAUGGAGGUAAUUCAGACCAGUCCAGAUUGAAUCGUACUACAUCUAGAUCAACUACAGCAAGUGGCGGCACGCUUUCACUGUCCCACUCAGAUAAGUCUAGUGAAAAUGGCUUGCUAGUGCCACCACUACCUGAUGUUGUACGCCGUGAAGGUAAGAAAUGGGUUUACGACAAGGUGUUGGACCGAUAUGUACCACUUGACAGGACGCCCUAUAUCGCUUCAAAAUUGGCUUACUUUCAUUGCCUUUCGAAAAUUUCGUCAAUGGCUAGUCACGAGUUGAAUUUCCAAUUGAAUAGAUCUGUGGUUCAAAAUUUGACAAACUUGGAAUUGUUGCGGUACAGUUAUUUCGAAGGAUUCGAAUACGAGGGGAGCAAAGUAGUCAUUGAUGGUGCUGUAUCAAGAAUUGGUCCAGCGACGACAUCAUCUACGGUGCAAGAGGAUGAAGAAGUAGCAAGUGGAGGUGCUGCUCUUGGCAGUGAUACAAUCCACAACAAGCAUUCCAAGAGCCACAAUAUGCGUUCACUACUAGAGAGUGACCAGUUUUGGAAUACAUGUUAUCAAGACUUGAAAUUUGAAAGCAUGGUUGAAGGGAGUGAUGUUUAUGACAAACUUCCGCCAUUGCAAUCUACAAUGCGAUUCUAUGUUGAGUUAAUUGAUUACAUACUCCUCCACUUGCACAUUCUCAAACCCAGUUUAGAGAAAAUCAAGAAAUCAUCCGAGUAUGACCGAUUGGCUAAGCAAUACCAAUUGUAUUUCAACAAUUGCCAUUUCAGCCGAUUAUGUCAGAUCCAACUGGGAUUCAAGGGGAUAGAAGUGAAUAAUAAAUUGAUCCUUACCAUUAUCACCAAUUUUGAAGCUGUUAAGAAGUUGUACCAGUUGGAUUCUCAUUUGGUUUCAAUUUGGACACGAUUCCUCACGUUUGUGGGCAAGAUCAUAGCGUAUUUACUGAAGGUGUCACCGACAUCAUUUCCACCAACACCACCAUCUACACCACAACUUCAGAGACAUGACCAAGAAUUGGGAUUCGAAUUUAGUACACAGCAACCAAACCCACCAUUUGCAAGGAAAACAUCAUUACAACAACAACAACAACAACCAAGACAAGCCCUGGUGGCUUCACAAUCCUCAUCGGUUAUGUCACACGCAGGCAAUCGUGAAGGGUCAGUGUGGACUAUGGAUACAAUGGCUUCCUCAAGUGAUGAAACAGAGUCGGUAAAUGAUAAUUUAUCUUCGUUUAGUCAAUUACUGCCGUUGUCAGAGAUUAGCACCAAUUCGAUAAAUUUACAAGCGACACCAAGUAAUGAGAGCAGUGCGAGCUAUGGCGCCGAGAGCGGCUCUAUGGGGAAGCCCAAGAAGAAAAUCUCAUUCUUUGGCAAGCUCAGGGGGAAGUAA